CCCACCAUGCCCCUCCCCCUCUGAACCCCCACCAUGACCCCCCACCCUGUGGCCCCCCCCUGGCUCCUGGUGGCCCUUUUGGGGUCACUUUGGGGGUCGCUGUCGGGCUUGGGCGCAGGGAAGAAAUCCGUCCACGUGGGGGCGCUGUUCCCAAUGAGCGGCGGCUGGCCGGGCGGGCAGGCGUGUCUGCCGGCCGUCAGGAUGGCCCUGGAGGACAUCAACGAGCGCAGGGACAUCCUGCCCGACUACGAGCUCAGGCUGAUCCAUUAUGACAGCAAGUGUGACCCCGGCCAGGCCACCAAGCUCCUCUACGAGCUGCUCUACAACCUCCCGUUCAAGAUCAUCCUCAUGCCCGGCUGCUCCAGCGUCUCCACCCUGGUGGCCGAGGCCGCGCGCAUCUGGAACGUCACCGUGCUGUCGUACGGCUCGAGCUCGCCGGCGCUCUCCAACCGGCGCCGCUUCCCGACGUUUUUCCGCACGCACCCCUCGGCCACCCUGCACAACCCCACCCGCGUGCAGCUCUUCAAGAAGUGGGGCUGGACCAAGAUUGCCACCAUCCAGCAGACCGAGGAGGUCUUCACCUCGACCCUGGACGACCUCGACCGGCGGGUGAAGGAGGCCGGGCUGGAGAUCACCUUCCGCCAGAGCUUCUUCUCCGACCCCUCGGCGUCCGUCAAGAACCUCAAGCGUCAGGACGCGCGGAUCAUCGUGGGGCUCUUCUACGAGACCGUGGCCAGGAAGGUCUUCUGCGAGGUCUACAAGGAGAAGCUCUACGGCAAGAAGUACGUGUGGUUCCUCAUCGGCUGGUACGCCAACAAAUGGUUCCGCACGCCCGACCCGUCCAUCAACUGCACGGCCGACCAGAUGGCCGAGGCGGUGGAAGGACACAUCACCACCGAGAUCGUCAUGCUCAACCCCGAGAACACGCGCAGCAUCUCCAACAUGACGUCUCAGGAGUUCAUCUCCAAGCUGGACAAGCGCCUGGGCCCCAACCCCAAGGAGACGGGCGGGUACCAGGAGGCGCCGCUGGCCUACGACGCCAUCUGGGCGCUGGCGCUGGCGCUCAACAAGACGGCGCAGGAGUUGGCCAAGCAGGGCGUGGGCCUGGACGAGUUCAACUACAACAACAAGACCAUCACCGACGAGAUCUACCGCGCCCUCAACUCCUCGGCCUUCGAGGGCGUCUCGGGCCACGUCGUGUUCGACGCCAGCGGCUCCCGCAUGGCCUGGACCCUGAUCGAGCAGCUCCAAGACGGGGAGUACCAGAAGAUCGGUUACUACGACAGCACCAAGGACAACCUGAGCUGGUACAACAACGACAAAUGGAUCGGGGGGUCGCCCCCGGCCGAUUACACCAAGGUGAUCACAACUUUCCGUUUCCUGUCCCAAAAAUUGUUCAUUUCCGUCGCGGUGUUGGCGUCACUCGGAAUCGUCCUGGCCGUCGUUUGUUUGGCUUUCAACAUCUACAACGGGCACGUCAGGUACAUCCAGAACUCGCAGCCCUACCUGAACAACAUGACGGCCGUCGGUUGUACCCUGGCGCUCGCCGCCGUCUUCCCGCUGGGGCUGGACGGCUUCCACAUCGGGCCGGGGCUGUUCCCCCUCGUCUGCCAGGCGCGGCUGUGGCUGCUGGGGCUGGGUUUCAGCCUGGCCUACGGCAGCAUGUUCACCAAGAUCUGGUGGGUGCACACCGUGUUCACCAAGAAGGACGACAAGAAGGACAAGCGGAAGGCGAGGACGGAACAGGCGGACGGGGGAUGGGUGUUGAAGGACGACAAGAAGGACAAGCGGAAG